UUUUUUGUAGCAUCAUUUCAGUUUCUUUUAACAGAACAAAUUGAGUCUUUCUGGAAGUUUUCAGGAGAGAUUUCCAAACUGCAGGGUGGAACUUUGGAAUUAAGAGCAAGAACAGAUAUUUAUGUUUCUUGCCUAAAAUCCCAGGGUAGUUGAAAAUUUUAAUGCAGAAUUUCUGUGUGCUGUGCCUGGUGGUGCAUAAUUUCAAGUUAACAAAUUGUCAUUAAUAUCUUUGUCUUCUUCAGUAGCUGAAGCCUUACAAGAUUUACUGUUAUACUGCUUGAUACGGUGUUAAAGUAGGAAGCAACUGCUUCUGCUAUUCUAGAACUGGUAACUGAAUCCAUAAAUAUAUAUUGAAUUCAAUUAAAUAUAACAGUAAGCAUUAUUGAGUUGUGUGGACUUUCUGCAGUGAAAAAUUUUGGUGUCUGGUUUGCUUCAGUAUUUCAAUUCUUUAUUUAACUGUUUUCCAGUAUUGUUCUAUUCACAGAUUUGUUAGGGUUGGAAGGGAUUUCUGAAGAUCAUUUAUUCCAACCCCAGACCAUCUAGUCCAACCCCAAAAUGCUUAAAAACUCAUUGGGUGAAGUAUAUUUGCAAAAGUUAUGGUAUGCAAAACUGGUAAUGAAGAAUCCUAAAUGCACCAUGACUGAGAAUUAAAAGAGACCGUUUAAGACUAAAGGAACAUUAGAAAUAGUCUCUCCAUAAUACAAGUCUGUUAAAGGUAAAUAAAAUCCUCUUCAGCAGAACAGUGGGCAUUUUGUUUACUCCUUGUUUAUUAGCAUAAUAAAAUAGGGAGAAGCAGGAUGACUGGGCACCAAGCAGGGAAGAAACAUCACACCCCAGUCAUUUAAAUCCAGGGUUAAACUGAGAUUCUUUUGGUUCUUUUGGUAGAUGCAAAAGAGAAAUACCAACCAGAUAUCCUCAAGAGGUAAAAAUUCACAGAAAAGUUUACUAGCAAACUAUAGAAGAUGAGGAACUUUGUCAAAUGAUUUAGUAAAACAUGAAACACCACAGCAGAGAUACAGUCCACUGAACAUAGAAAACCUUUAAAUCCAUUUGGCAUUAUCUUCUGUGAAAAGAAAGUUAGAAGAAGAAAGGGAGAAAGACAGGAAAGUUGUAGAAAAACAAAAGUAGCUACCAGCUCCUGCGUUCCAGUGAUGUAAAGCUCCAAGAUGAAGGUGGGGUUAAAGAACAAUAUGCUUGUCUUAUGGACAGCCUUCUUAAAGACCCUUCCUCCCAGGUGGGACUUUCAGUAGCUUGGCCACUCAGGGGCUGGGUUAGGCACCACUGGGGUGCUGCCUCCAUUGUGCCAUAACUGAUGGACACUGUGAGGCUGGGGAAUGUGGGGGGCAGGGCAACACCUCCCCAGAGCAAGUUCCCUGCCAGACCCACACCUUAUGAUAUAUUUGAAGCCCCCAAGAUGUCUCAGACAGAUUUUCAGUCUCUGACAACACUAUUUGAGCUGCUCUUUCCCAUUCCCUUAAAAGAAACAAGGAGCGAAGCCUUGUGUUUAAAAUGGAAGUUGAUGUGAAUGGAGAGUCCAGAACUGUCCUCUCCACCCUCCCCGUGCCUCUUGCAGAGGUGAGUUCUGCAGCCAGGAUGGAAGCAGAAAGGCCACGCUGUUCCAGCACCCCCUGCUCACCAUUAAGGCAGACAGUUGCAGGAUAUCAGAUCCUUCACAUGGAUUCUAACUACCUGGUUGGCUUUGCAACUGGAGAGGAGCUGCUAAAACUAGCCCAUAAGUGUACAGGAAGUGAGGAGAAUAAAGGAGAACCUGGUCCUAACUUGGGCUCCAAACAUAUUGAUUCAGGACUUCCACGUUCCUCGCGUUUGUACAAAGCUAGAAGUAGAUACUACCAGCCAUAUGAGAUCCCAGCAGUAAAUGGAAGGAGGAGGAGACGGAUGCCCAGCUCAGGGGAUAAAUACAGUAAAGCUUUACCAUAUGAACCUUACAAGGCACUUCAUGGUCCCCUGCCUCUCCGCCUUUUGAAAGGUAAAAGGUCUCAUUCAAAAUCACUGGACUACCUCAAUUUAGACAAAAUGAACAUUAAGGAACCUCCUGACACAGAAGUGCUACAAUACCAGCUCCAACACCUUACUCUUAGAGGCGAUCGUAUGUUUGCAAGGAAUAGCACAUGAGCUAUCAUCUCAAAUUUAGAAAUGGUUUCUGAUCUUUUCUCUGUUGCUGCAAAAAUCCACUGUUGUACUGUGUACAUAACUUUCCACAAUAUAGGUGGUUUUAUCAGGUCAGUGUUACCAGAAAGUAAUUUAUUUGAAUACAGUCUUGACAGAUGCAAAUACUUGGAGAGAGAAAUCUUUGCUGAUAAAGCAACUUCUGAUGCAGAUUUGACUGCAACUAGUGGAUAUUUCUUGGGACACGUUUUAACAAAAAAAAGCUUUUGAUUUUUGGGAUUUUUUUUUCUGUACUGCUACAUCUAGUAUUUACAGUAAUUCAACACUGAAAAAUUGGUGAUGUCUGCCUGGUUGUUGCUAAUUUUGGCUUGAUGUUAGAAACUGCUUUUGGAUAAGUACUCAAGGAGUAUUUCUGGGUUUUCUUUUUGUUUCUGUAGUAAAAUGUAUGGGUUUUACUUACAACAUGAACAGGAGAGUUAGCUUGACUGGAUGAAUCACUUGCUAUUUAAACAAUCCAAUUCAUUUUGAGACUGCGCUUGUGUUGGUGAUGUGGGUGAGAUUCAUUUGUAAUAGAAAACUUUGCUACUUGAAUCCUAUUAAAUUAUUUUUUUAGUUUCUGCAUGAAAGUAAUUGCUUUAUUCUUUUUAUUCUAUAAAACAUGUUCAGAAUAAUUAUUUCAGUUAUUUAAAGCAAAUCUUUUAGGAAGUGCAGGUCGUUUUUUGUUUUUUUGUUUUGUUGGGGUUUUUUACAUUGUCUUGAGACAAACUGGAAUGUGUGUACUGGUAUGUUUUUGAUUUUGUGAUUUUCAUUUCAUCUCUAGUAGCAGAAGGUGUCAACUUCAACAUAUCUUUGGAAAUUUGGAAAUUUGACUUGAAGCACUGAACACGAGCUCUGGAGGGCAAAUUGUUUCUUGACAAGAGUGCAAGUAAAAUAUUUCUUGUCAGCAUUGAAGAAAUGAUCUUGAAUUUUUCAGCAGAAUAAUGCACUGGGUUACUUUUGUUACUUAAUGAAUUUUUUUAUCUAAACGUGACAUUAAAUGCAGUUUUCACAGCUGCAUUCCUAGAUGUGUUUAAAAGAUUUUGGUAACUUUAGUUUAAAAAUGAAAAAUAGUUUUCAUUCUGUUUUUUAGGUGCAGUCUUUUGCUGAAGAAGUGCAAAACAUGAUUUUGCCUGAUGACCUCUGCAGAAGUUAAAAAUAAUUUCAUAUUGCUUUGAAACAUGAAUUACUUGAUCAAUUGUUUC